UCAGCUUGUAACGAGGUUAACAAACGUUGUACAUACGUACGGACAGCCGUCGCUGUAGUGACCGAUUUCGAUUGAGUUUAAGCGGAAAUUUUGGCAAUUAUUCUUGACUACUAUGUGCUUUCUUUGAAACCGACGAACCCGCUGCUUACUUCCAUGUGAAUUAUGCGAGUGUGGGGAUUUCUAAAACGAAAAUGCCGAAAAAGAGUGUAAAAGACUGGGCUGUAAAGGUGGUCGAAACGUUGACCAUCUUUCGGCGUAGUUUAAUUUUUCAAACGAAAGAGUUUUUUCAAAAUUCCACCUUACAUGGUGUACGGUACAUAGCCGAGUCCGGACGUCCGGUGGGUGAAAAAUUUAUGUGGUUUUGCUUUACAACAAUCGGCGCUGUGACUGCAUUGGUGAUAAUUAUGAGUUUGUGGGAGAAAUUUCAAACUAAUCCAACCAUCACAGGUUUGGACACUGAUUUCCAUAAUCAAAAUGUAGUCUUUCCCAGCACAAUUGUCUGUCCGGAAAUACCGUUCGACCAUGACAAAGCUUACGAUUGGGCAUACAGAACAUUAUCAAAUUAUGAUCACCCCACGGCAACUAUGAUCGCACCAUUUCUUGAGCUUUUAACAUCAUUAAACUUCGACAAUGUCAACGAAGCUUAUGCGCUCUCGACAUCCAUCUCGGCAAAUAUUUUGAAGGAAAUUAACUUGAGAGAAGCUGCAUUUAAAGUACACAUCAGCUGCGAAGACACCUUAACGGAAUGCAAAUACCGCGAUGAGCCUAUAUCGUGUUGUACACACUUCGAUCGAGUUUACACAGAGCAUGGCAUUUGCUUCGCUUUCAACAGUCGCUUCAAAUCAGAUGCAAAAGAAGAUGUCAAUGGAGCGGCGCCACAUGAUCUUUAUGAGACGGAUAAGAAAUGGGCUUUAUAUUUCGUGCCGAAUGGUACAGCUAAGGUUUUCAUUUUUUCAAACGAGGAAUAUUUUGGCAGCGACUUCAAUGCACAAAUAGAGUGGGAGGAUAAUCAGAAGGUCGAAGCACGUAUCUCCAAAAAGAACACCUAUACCACAGACGACGCCCGACAACUAACAAUUGGUCAGCGGAAAUGCAUCUUUUAUGACGAGGUCAAAUUGCAAUACUUCCCCGAGGGUUAUACAUUCUCCUCCUGCAUGAAGGAGUGUCGGAUGAAGCGCGCCAUUAAGUUCUGCAAAUGCAAUCCACCAUUUUAUAAACCGAUACCGAGCGUGCCCACAUGCGGCGUGUCUGAUCUGUUGUGCUUGGAAAAGAAUAAGGCGAACAUUACGAAUAUACGGAAUUGCAUGCAAUGUGAAUUAAGUUGCUCGAAGACGGUCUUUAAUAUUGAGAAACUGAUUAAAAACACCGAAAAGACCGAUGAUACGGGCGUUUUAGUGGAAUUUCUUACGUGGCCUAUUAUACGUUAUAAACGGGAGGUACUUUUCGGUUGGGUGGAUCUUUUGGUGUCCUUCGGUGGUAUUGCAAGUUUAUUUCUGGGUUUCUCGCUGCUAUCUGGUGUGGAGAUUAUUUAUUAUUUCACAUUAAGAGCCUGUUGCAUGGUGUACAAAAAUAGGCAAGAAUUAUAUGAAAUCGAAGAGGAAAUCAAAAGAAGACCGCCACCAGCAAUCAAUCUUUCACUGCGCAUUAUGUCCUAUGUUUCAAAGCCUGCACCACCCGGAGUAGAUCCUAACUUGAUCCGGAACAAUUUGAAUAGCAAACAACGUAACGAAAAAUCCAUUACACUGAGUAAACGAAACAAUUUUAAUAUGAAUGUACCAGAAAACAUCAAGGAGAUCAACCGGCGUCGAAAGGCCGAUAAGGACUAUACCGGAUAUUCAAAAGGGCUCUACAAAUCUACAAAGAUAAUACCGCAAUACACCGAUUCGAACGACGAGUGGAAAUAUGGACAAUAUCUACCCUGAUCACAUAAUCAUAAAUAAUUUAAAAGAAAAAGCUUGCAGUUGAUAUCACGAUAUCAGAAAACGAAUAAAAAAUAAGAAUAAUUAAAUAAUAAUGUAUUAAAUACUCACACAAAUUCAAAU